AUGGUUUUGAUUACGAACAAUCUCGGAUAUGAUCUCAUCGCAUUCACUGUAACCCUCUUGGCGGGAGCAAUUAUGUAUAUCAAAUGGAAGUUCUCGUUUUUUGCAAGAAAGGGUCUAUACGCACCUCCAACCACGAUACCUUACGGAAACACAAAAAAUUUUUUCACUAAAAAGCAAAUUCUCGCUGAGUUAUUCAGAGACAUUUAUUUUGACAUCAAAUCUAAAGGACUAAAGCAUGGAGGAGCGUAUUUCUUGCUUAAGCCAUUUUAUAUUCCGGCUAAUCUGGACAUUCUGAAAUCAAUUAUGCAGACGGACUUCCAACAUUUCAUGAAUCAUGGUCUUUUUGUAAAUGAAGAAGGAGAUCCUUUGAAUGCACAUUUAUUUUCCUUGGGAGAUGAAAAAUGGAAAAAUCUUAGAUCCAAACUAUCUCCGACUUUUACUUCGGGUAAAUUAAAGAUGAUGUUCAACACUUUGGUCGAAUGCACUGGUGGAUUGAAAGAUAUGGUGGAUCAACAUGCACAAGACAACUCUCCAAUUAACAUCAAAGAAACAUUGGAAAGAUUCACAAUUGACAUAAUAGGUUCAGUCGCUUUUGGAAUUGAAUGCAACAGUAUGAAGAAUCCGGAUUCCGAAUUUGCCAAAUACGGAAGACGAAUCUUCGAUUUGAGUCCCGCUGAGGUUAUUAAGAAACUUGCCCAGUUUGCGUUUCCUCACAAACUUCUCCUGUGGUUGAAUAUCAGUGUUUUCAAUAAGGAGGUCACGUCAUUUUUCAUGGAUGUUGUUAAGAAAAAUGUUAACUAUAGGGAAGAGAACAAUGUUUACAGGAAAGAUUUUAUGCAUUUGCUGUUACAAUUGAAAAACCGAGGCAAAGUUUUUGACGACGAGAAAUUAACAAACGAUAAUGGAGCCAUUAAAGAAAGCGGGUUAACAUUCAACGAACUUGCAGCCCAAGCAUUCGUCUUCUUCUUAGCUGGUUAUGAAACUUCUUCUACUGCAAUGACUUUUGCAUUGUAUGAACUUUCAACUCGGCCCGACCUUCAGCAAAAAAUUAGAGAUGAAAUCCAUACUGUUUUGGAGAAACACGACAAUAAAAUGACGUAUGAAGCCAUAAAGGAUAUGACAUAUUUAGAACAAGUCCUCCAUGAGUCCCUUAGAAAAUAUCCACCAGUACCAUUCUUAACAAGAGAAUGCAACAAAACAUACAAAGUACCCGGAACUGAUGUAGUCAUUGAUAAAGGGACCAUGGUCGGUAUUCCCGUCUUAGGGAUACAUAACGAUCCAGAAUUCUAUCCCAAUCCCGAAAUUUUUGAUCCUGAAAGAUUUUCUCUGGAAAAUAAGGCAAAAAGACAUCAAUUUUCAUGGAUACCUUUCGGUGAAGGUCCAAGAAUCUGUAUUGGUCUUAGAUUUGGAACUCUACAAGCUAAAGUCGGUUUGGUAACCAUAAUUAAGAACUAUAAGAUUUCACUAAAUAAUAAAACUGCCACUCCUAUUAAAUUUCAUCCAAAAUCUACGGGAGUCUUGGCAGUUGACGGUGACGUAUUGCUUAAUGUUGAAAAAUGUAAUUAAUUAA